ACGUUCUGCUCACUUCUUAUUGGAAUUUCAAAGAAGUCGGGUGUUUUAUGAGUCGGAAGUCGUGAUUCGUAAAAUAGAUAGUUGUAAAAUAGCGCGGUGCGGUAAUAAAGUGUUUAUAUAUAAGCAUACUUUUGUAUGUAUGUAUGUCAAAAGGCUCUUAGCUUGUUUGAAAAUAUGAUUGAAAAUUCGAAGCUGUUACACAAACAUUUCCAUACGUUUGAGAGUUUGCUACUAAAUUUUCGCAUGUGAAAAGCAUUCAAUAAAUAAAUAUUAUAGUUCAUUUAAACAAACACUAAUUAAAUUACUAAGAAUGGAAAUUAAGUCUAUUAUUUCCAUUCUGGUGCCCUAAAAAAUUAGAAAUUGCCUCUAAAAGUUUCCAUGCUCAUUAAAUAUAAAAUAAUACAAAUUAAAAAAACCUCUUUGACAUUAAAAUAAUUCAAUAAUAAUUACAGAGAUGAUAUUUUAUGAUUUUAGAAGUUCGUGAUAUUAGCGUUACGAUAGUAUUCAACCUCCAGACAUAUGUACUAAGCAGCAAAUAUCUUUUCUACGCAACAUACAGAUACAUGACAGCUGUAAAUAUCGCCAAACCUCAUACUACGCUUCGUUAUUUCAUUUAAUAUAAUUUGAUUAUACAUUCAACAUACACGAUGGAGCCAACUUUUGAUGGUUGGGAUUUCGCCGUAUUGAUUACGAUACUGGCAAUCUCGGCUAUGAUCGGUAUUUACUACCGUUAUACGGGAGGAAAGCAGAAAACCAUUAAAGAAUACCUCCUAGCCGAUCAGAGUAUGACCACAUUUCCGGUUGCUGUGAGUUUGAUGGCGAGUUUUAUGUCCUCCAUCACUUUAUUGGGUGUCUCCAGUGAGAGUUAUCAAUUCGGCACUAUGUUUUGUGUUAUCAAUCUGGCAUAUCUUAUAUGCACACCGAUUGCAGCGUAUUUAUUCCUACCGGUCUUCUAUCGCAUGCGCACUAUGAGCGUCUAUGAAUAUUUGGAACGUCGUUUUGGUCACUCAACACGUCUCGCCGCAUCACUGGCCUACUCCGUACAGAUGAUACUUUACAUGGGUAUUGUGCUUUAUGCGCCAGCGCUGGCUCUCGAAGCUGUCACCGGUGUAAACAAAGUUACCGCUAUAUUGGUUAUCGGUCUGAUUUGUACCUUCUACUCGACGAUUGGUGGCCUGAAAGCUGUGCUAAUAACCGAUGUCUUUCAAUCGCUUUUAAUGUUCGCUGCCAUUUACGCCGUCAUCGUGGUGUCGGCCGUUAAAGCUGGCGGUUUGGCGCCAAUUUGGCAGGUAGCAGAGGAGCGGAGUCGUGUAUAUUUCACCGAAUUUUCUUUGGAUCCCACUGUGCGUCACACUUGGUGGAGUCUACUCAUUGGUGGCAUGGUGACAUAUCUAUCAUUGUACGGUGUCAAUCAGGUGCAAGUGCAAAGGCUAUUAAGUGUACGGAAUUUGGAGAGUGCCCAAGCGGCGCUAUGGUGGAAUUUACCUAUUUUGGGCACACUCAGUUUCAGCACAUUAUUCAGUGGUUUAGCGAUAUUCCACUAUUACAGAAAUUGUGAUCCCCUGCUAGAGGGUAGAAUACAAUCGAGAGACCAAUUGAUGCCAUUAUUUGCCGUGGAUACAAUGGGUCAAUAUCCCGGUUUAUGUGGUCUCUUCGUCUCGGGCAUCUUUUCCGCCAGUCUCUCUACAGUUUCAUCUGCGGUCAGCUCGUUAUCGACCGUAACGCUUGAGGACUACAUCAAACCAUUGUAUAAACACUUUACGAAAUCACCGUUACAUGACACGAAAUCAACACUGCCGAGUAAAAUUAUGGCCUGCAUUUAUGGACUUGUCUGUAUCGGUAUGGCAUUCACGGCUGGUUCCAUGGGUGGCGUUCUACAGGCAUCUCUCACCAUAUUCGGCAUAAUCGGUGGACCAUUGUUGGCGCUUUUCACACUCGGCUUAUGCACGACACGUGCGAAUCAACGCGGCGUUCUACUCGGUUUACUAAUCGGUUUUAUAUUCUCUUUUAUUAUCGGUUUCGGUGGUCCGAAACAACCACCAACACCGUUAGAUUUCAAAGCAGAUGACUGCCCAGCUGCCGGUAAUGAUAAUAUCACUUUGGUUGCGGCGGCUCUUACACAAGUGCAAAACAUGACAUUCAAUAUGACAACCGCACAACCAAUGAUAGCAACAACUCCCAUAGAGUAUAAUUGGUUCUAUAGAUUGUCGUAUUUGUGGUUUUCCGUAAUUGGAUUUUUAAUUACAACAUUUAUGGGUUAUGUUUUAAGUUUGCUCUUGGAGACACUAAAAUGGGCUGAUAAUAAACAAAUUUACUUAGAUUAUCAGCAAAUCGAUGUAGACUUAUUCAUACCACCGUUGGCGCGUAGAUUAAGAAAGCAUAACGCUGAAGAAAUGACAAAGUUGUAAAGCGUCUAUGAAGAUGAAAGUGCAACGGUAUUUAAGUAUAUAAAUAAUAAAUUUAUUUCAAUGUAAUUUUGCUUUAGUGCUUUCGAAGUUAAUUACUCCCUAAGGAAGUCACUUAAGUUAGAGUGUGCUUAUGCUUUUAAGUUCCAACUUUGUUAUUUAAGUGGCUUGAGCAUUACUUUAGUUAAUUUUUUUUAAGAAUAAUUUAUUGAUCCGAGAGUUCUUCAUUGCAUUUAGUAAAAGUAGUAGUAAAGUGGUGCCGAAAUGACUGUUUACCCCAAAUUACAGCCAUUUUGAGGUUUACGGUGAACAAAUGUUUAAUAUUUACGAAUAUUCAAUGUUUCCAAAUUUUUUAAUGGUUUUGUCUCAUAGAAUGUUUUAAUUGAUCAAAAUAUAUAUAGUUUUUACUUAA